CAGUUCAGUCCCGCCGUGUUGCCAGUACCUUGCUUCCAACCGUAGGCGCUGCUUUUGUAGGGGGUACCAUGGGGGAAGCGGAGAAGUUUCACUACAUCUACAGUUGUGACCUGGACAUCAACGUGCAGCUUAAGAUAGGAAGUUUGGAGGGGAAGAGAGAACAAAAGAGUUACAAAGCUGUUCUAGAAGACCCAAUGUUGAAGUUUUCAGGACUGUACCAAGAGACGUGCUCUGACCUUUAUGUUACUUGUCAAGUUUUUGCAGAAGGGAAGCCUCUGGCCUUGCCGGUGAGAACAUCCUACAAGGCAUUUAGUACAAGAUGGAACUGGAAUGAAUGGCUAAAACUGCCUGUAAAAUACCCUGACCUGCCCAGGAAUGCUCAAGUGGCCCUGACCAUAUGGGAUGUGUACGGACCAGGAAAGGCAGUGCCUGUGGGAGGAACAACCGUUUCACUCUUUGGAAAAUACGGCAUGUUUCGGCAAGGGAUGCAUGACUUAAAAGUCUGGCCUAAUGUAGAAGCAGAUGGAUCAGAACCUACAAAAACUCCUGGCAGAACAAGCAGUACUCUCUCAGAAGAUCAGAUGAGCCGCCUUGCCAAGCUCACCAAAGCUCAUCGACAAGGACACAUGGUGAAAGUAGAUUGGCUGGACAGAUUGACAUUUAGAGAAAUAGAAAUGAUAAAUGAGAGUGAAAAACGAAGUUCUAAUUUCAUGUACUUGAUGGUUGAGUUUCGAUGUGUCAAGAGUGAUGAUAAGGAAUAUGGCAUUGUUUAUUAUGAAAAGGAUGGUGAUGAGUCAUCUCCAAUUUUAACAAGCUUUGAGAUAGUGAAAGUUCCUGACCCUCAGAUGUCUAUGGAGAAUUUAGUUGAGAGUAAACACCACAAGCUUGCCCGGAGUUUGAGAAGUGGACCGUCUGACCACGAUCUCAAACCUAAUGCUGCUACAAGAGAUCAACUAAAUAUUAUUGUGAGCUAUCCACCAACCAAGCAACUUACAUAUGAAGAACAAGAUCUUGUUUGGAAGUUUAGAUACUAUCUUACUAAUCAAGAAAAAGCUUUGACAAAAUUCUUGAAAUGUGUUAAUUGGGAUCUACCUCAGGAGGCCAAACAGGCAUUGGAACUUCUGGGAAAAUGGAAGCCAAUGGAUGUAGAAGAUUCCUUGGAGCUGUUAUCCUCCCAUUACACCAAUCCAACAGUGAGGCGUUAUGCUGUUGCCCGGUUGCGACAGGCAGAUGAUGAGGAUUUGUUGAUGUACCUAUUACAGCUGGUCCAGGCUCUCAAAUAUGAAAAUUUUGAUGACAUAAAGAAUGGAUUAGAACCUACCAAGAAGGAUAGUCAGGGUUCAGUGUCAGAGAGUGUGUCAAAUUCUGGAAUAAAUUCUGCAGAAAUAGAAAGCUCCCAAAUUAUAACCAGUCCCCUUCCUCCAGUGUCUUCCCCUCCUCCUGCCUCUAAAACAAAAGAAGGUUCAGAUGGUGAAAAUCUGGAGCAAGAUCUCUGUACCUUCUUGAUAUCAAGAGCCUGCAAAAACUCAACUCUGGCUAAUUAUUUAUACUGGUAUGUGAUAGUGGAAUGUGAAGAUCAGGAUACUCAGCAGAGAGAUCCAAAGACCCAUGAGAUGUACUUGAAUGUAAUGAGACGGUUCAGCCAAGCAUUACUGAAGGGUGAUAAGUCUGUCAGAGUUAUGCGUUCUUUGCUGGCUGCCCAACAGACAUUUGUAGAUCGGCUGGUACAUCUAAUGAAGGCAGUGCAGCGUGAAAGCGGAAAUCGCAAGAAAAAGAAUGAAAGACUACAGGCAUUGCUUGGUGAUAAUGAAAAGAUGAACUUGGCAGAUGUGGAACUUAUCCCAUUGCCUUUAGAACCCCAGGUGAAAAUUAGAGGAAUAAUCCCAGAAACAGCCACAUUAUUUAAGAGUGCUCUUAUGCCUGCACAGUUGUUCUUUAAGACAGAAGAUGGAGGCAAAUAUCCAGUUAUAUUUAAGCAUGGAGACGAUUUACGCCAAGAUCAACUUAUUCUUCAAAUCAUUUCACUCAUGGACAAGCUGCUACGGAAAGAAAAUCUGGAUUUGAAGUUGACACCCUAUAAAGUAUUAGCCACUAGUACAAAACAUGGCUUCAUGCAGUUUAUUCAGUCAGUUCCUGUUGCUGAAGUUCUUGAUACAGAAGGAAGCAUUCAGAACUUUUUUAGAAAAUACGCACCAAGUGAGAAUGGGCCAAAUGGGAUCAGUGCUGAGGUUAUGGACACUUAUGUUAAAAGCUGUGCUGGUUAUUGUGUGAUUACAUAUAUACUUGGAGUUGGAGACAGGCACCUGGAUAACCUUUUGCUCACAAAAACAGGCAAACUCUUCCACAUAGACUUUGGAUAUAUUUUGGGUCGGGAUCCGAAGCCUCUUCCUCCUCCCAUGAAGCUGAAUAAAGAAAUGGUGGAAGGAAUGGGUGGCACCCAGAGUGAGCAGUACCAGGAGUUCCGGAAACAGUGUUACACAGCUUUUCUCCACCUUCGAAGGUAUUCUAAUCUGAUUUUGAACUUGUUUUCCUUGAUGGUAGAUGCCAACAUUCCAGAUAUUGCUCUUGAACCAGAUAAAACUGUGAAAAAGGUUCAGGAUAAAUUCCGUCUAGACCUGUCCGAUGAAGAGGCAGUGCAUUACAUGCAGAGUCUGAUUGAUGAAAGUGUCCACGCUCUGUUUGCUGCAGUGGUAGAACAGAUUCACAAAUUUGCCCAGUACUGGAGAAAAUGAAACUGGGUUUGGCCCAUCAAGAUGUUUAGCUCCGUAAGGAAACUACUUUAGAAGCAACCUGUGUAUAAGGAAGACUUCAGAGUGACAAGCAAGGAAGAGAACAUUUAAUCUUCAAGAUGCCAUCUCUCCUAAAUGUUCCAUGGUGCCUGAAUUCCCUUUCCUUGGAUGUCAUUGCUUAAAUAUGGUCUUGAAGGGUUUGUUUUGAAAUAUUGUAUAUAUUUAUUUUCAAAUGUACACAUUGUUAAUAAGCUAAGAAGUGAGAAGCUUAUUCCAGGAUCAUGUACAUAUUAUGAGAGUUCUGGAGGAAUUUUAUGUUGAAAUAGUAAAACAUUUAGUCUAAGUUUGAAACGCCUUUUUUCCCUCAUCUUUACAUCAAGAGUAGUUACAUGAAUUUGGAUUAACUAUCUCAGUUUAGAAGGUUUUUUGUUUUGUCUCUCUCUCUUUCCUUCCUUCCCCCCUCCCUCCAGAUUUUUUUUUUUUUUUGGCCUAAUCUACGAUACUUAAAGUUUUACAUAUUAUGUCUCAUUCUUUUAUAGUUAGGGAAUUGUAUAUACUUCAAAGAAGACAGUCAUUUUCUGUUACUUAUAAAUAUUGUUUGUCUAUUUUUUUUUUUGAAAACUAUAGUUCACAGUUCUCCUAGGUUGUAAGUACAUAAAGCAGGAUAUAAAAAUGUAGCUACUGGAUAACUGGCCAACAGGUAAUAUGACAGAAGCUUUUACUAUUGAGCCUAAGAUAUUUUUACAUAAACAUGUAAGAAUAAAUUGCCUUUCUGCAAUAAAUUCUUUUUUGAUGCAAACUUAGCUUUCAAAAGCUUUUUGAAAUAGCUCUGCUAAACCAGUUAAUGUAAUGUAUCCUUUCUGAUCUAAGCAAAAUUAUUUUUUGUUUUUUAAAACUAUAAGUCCCACUAAUCCAUCUAGCUUUUUUGCCUCAUGGAACUUUGGGAAAUAGGAAUGCACACAAAUGGGAAAAGCAACAUAAUAAUCUUUGCAAAUUAAUGUGUUGCAUAGUCAUGUGACUUUGUUUUAGAAGAUAAACAAUAUCUCCUUCUUUGGUUGCUGAAUAAAUAUUAAAUAUCAAAUGACAGAAAAGAUUAAGAAGGUUAAAUUAAGGCACAGUUUCAGAGAACGCCAUUAAUUAUAAUGUUUAUUUGUCACCAAAUUCACAUCUGUGAGCUUGCCUCUUUAGAGUGGGGUCACCAGCUGGAAAGCAAGCAUAUAAUUAAGAGAUCCUAGAGGCGUAUGGAAUGUGAUUUGUAUAAAACAUACAUGCAGAUUAGAAAAAUGGUAAAAAUGAAAAGACCUUUCCAAAUCAUCAUAAGAGAGUUUAUGCCCAAACUCAUUGGCAAGCUCCAUCCUCUAUCUUGCUUUUUCUUUGCUUCACGUAGUUACAUCAUUUUUUGUUGCCUAGAAGUUUUUAAUCUAUCUGCAUUCUCUAUCUUUUAGUCCUGUUUCUACUGGCACCUUCUCCAAAAAGUUUUCUCAACAUGGCCCUGUUGAAAGUGACCUCUCCAACCUUCUGAACUCUUGUAAUUCUUUAUAUAUAGCUUUUUAAUUGGCAUUUAGUGAAGUGGGGUAUUUUUGUUAUAUUUGCAUCUCCUAUUUCAGAGGUUGGCAAGCUUUUUCUGUAAAGGGCCAAGAUAGUAAAUAUCUUCAGCUUUAGAAACCAUAUGAUCUUGGUCACAGCGACUCAACUCUGCUGUUAUAGUAAAACAGCAGCCAUAGACAACAUGUAAACAAAUGGGCAGGGCCAGAUUUGACCCUCCAGCCAUAAUUUGCUGAUCCCUGUUUGAAUUAACUCGAAGGCAAAACUGUAUCACCUUAAUCAUCUUUUUACACUUUGCGUAGAUAGUAGCAUGCUUAUAGUAGAGCUCUAUAAAUAAUUUUUGGACUAAUAUAAAAUUCUAUAAGGGCAAACACUGACAACUAGUAAGGAGAGUUGAUCAUGAGUGACCUUGUCUUCAGUGCGAACUUGAUAAGAAUUAUGAAGGAGAUAAAGCUUUCUAGGAAGAAAGACAGGUAUUGAGUGAGGAAGGAGCAUCUCUGAGGAUGGACAGUGGCUGUGGUUUUGCUGAACAUAUUUUGGUGGUGGGAGGUGAGCCUAUAUUAGAAAGAAAGUGAUUCAUCGGUCUCAAUUUCUAUUGCUCAAAGCAACCUCUUAGCUCCUACUGUUUUCCCCAAAUUCCAUUGUAUUAUUGUCCAGAGCUCUGUCUUUACAGUGUAGUCUGUAUGUUUCUUUAUUGUCAUUGCCAUCCAGAUCCUUUGGCAAUUUCUAUAGUGUUUCAAGCACAGUGUUUGCUUUGAGUUUGAGAAGAGUAUUUUUGAGGACACAGUGCUUUAAUUAAAAAGUGUGAGUACCAUGGUUAUGUACUGUAAGUAUUCAGAGUGAGAUUUCUGAGUGAGGGAGAGAAAAUGUGCAUAAUAGUCACUGAGAGUGGGGCUCUGGGAAAGAAAGAAGUCAAGUGUGGUUCACAUUCCUAAGUAAAGGGUAAAGGGUUGAUACAACCUGAUUUUUGCUAUUCUUCAUAUCCUAGGGUUAGAUGCUUCCCAGCUCAUUUGUAUUAGAGUUUUCAGCUGGGUAUAUAUUGUAGUAAUAGCAGUCAACAUUAUAAGGACUUACUACUACAUGUCAGCACUAUGCUAACUGCUUCGUAUGCCUCAUCUCACUAUUCUUUAUAAGAGUCCCAUGAAGUAGAGUUAUCCUCCUAUUUUCCAGAAGUUUAAGGCAGUUGAAUCAUCUGCCCAAGGUUAGGCUGCAAGUGAGAGCAGAGUUGGGAUUUGAAGUUGAGUUUCUCAGAUUCCAGUGAUCACAGUCUUGACCAUCAAAUUCUCCCGCCUUCAUUUCUCUCUGAGGCGACGGUGAUAGUACGGACUGCGAGAGUGCGCGCGUGUGUGUAUGUGGUCUGUUAGACUUGAAUCCCCAUAAACAAAGCCUAUUCUUUUUCUUUUUUUUUUUUUUCGUCAUGAACAGAAUUACCACAGGUACAGGCAGUAGUCAACAAAGUAAAUUAAAUUUCUAAGAAACAGUCAUGUCAUCAUGCCACAUAUUAUACUUGCCUUGGGAUGGGAAAUAAAUCGUUCAGUAAAAACAUACAGGCAAAAUAAAUCUUAACCAUGCAGCUGUUAACCUACAAUCAUGCUGUACUUUAUAUCCUUGCACAUAGAUCUAACAUUGCAAUUUUUAAAAAAUAAACCAGAUUGAGACUCUUAGCAGGAUUUUUUUUUGCAAAUAAAUUUCAAAAACAACAUGGACUUUCUAUAAUUAAAUACAGAAAAUAUACUGGUUUGCCAAAAUGAGUAAUUUAAUAUAUUAACAAUUCACCAUAAAGAAUGCAUACUACCUGGAUGGUCAUGGAACAGAAAAGGGAUAUUAGCUAAAAACUAAAGAAAUCUAAAUAAAGUAUGGACUAGUUUUUAAAAAAAUGGAAUGAGUAGCCAAGCCUCAGAAGGUGGUGAACAUCCCAGCUGAGUGACCACUUAGAGAAGCUGAACUCCUGCAUAGGAAGGAGAUUUUCAACCUGAAUUCGUUCCUCAGUUUUCUCUUGUCUUUCUAGACCUUGACAUAUUUUUAAAAAUUCAAGGCAGUUACUUUGUAGAAAAUUCCACAGUUUGAGUUUGUCUAAUUUUCCUCGAGGUUUAUUCAUUUUUGGUAAGAAUACUACAGAAAUAACGGUGUUUUCUUCUCGGGGCAUCUUAUUGGAAGACACAUGGUGUCAAUUUGUCAUAUUCCUGGUGGUGGUAACUUUUAUUACUUGGUUAAGAUGGUGUUUUCCAGCUGUCUCCAUUCUGAAGUUAAUGAAUUUGUAUUUAAUACUUAUAAAUUACUAGACGAUUCAUGUAUUUUAUGAGAUACUUUGAAACUAUGUAAAUAUCCUGUUCGUUACACACUUGUACCCACCAAUUUUAGCGUAGACUGAUGAUUCUUACCUGAAUUAAUUAUUAUUAUGGUGAAAGCCAAACAGUGAUUUUUUUUUUUUUGAUUCUGUUAUUCCUUCUACACUUAGUGUUCUACCGUAAGGUACAGCUCUCCUUUCUCCAUUAAUUAUGUAUUCAUCUAUUUCUAUUAGCAAGGCCUCUGUGGAUUCCUGUUUUAUUUUAUUAUACAAUGCAUUCCUAUUGCCACUUAUCUUGAUGGUAAAAUUACCCAAGAACUGACCUGUGUUCAAGUUGGUGCCUGUGUCCCCUGACAUGGCCCCAGUAUUCUUUGAACCUUUCCUUACUUUGGGCACAAGAUGUUCCAGGCUCAUCUUGUACUUUCUCUGCCCCAGCCCCAGAGUCAGCCAUUCCUCUAAGGAGUCCUGGUUCAUUUCUGGUCUGAUUUUACCAGAUAACUCCCCAAAUAAGAUGUGUGACUUUUCUAAAAUAGAAGGUAAUAUAGCAUCCUGAUAUUGCCAUUCUAAAACUCUGGAAUCUAAAUGGGGGAUAUGGAUAUAUAUAUAAGCUCAAAAUAGGUAGAGUAACCCAUAUCUGAAUGAAGCACAGAAUUUAGAAUUUACCUGUUUCUUCACUUCUUCUCAGCUUUAGAUCAUCAGCACCACUAUCUGCUUUGAGACCAUCAGAACUAAUCUUAUGUCCUUUAUCUCUGUUUUGUUAGUCACCACAAGAAACCCAGACCUCCCUAAGUCAUCCCUCAUACUCUGGCCCUUCAUUCCCAUACAGCUUUGUACCACCCCCAUCUCCCAAACCUCCGCACUUCCUUGGACCAUCAUCAACAGAAUCUGUGGGUGUCCAAGUUUCCUUUCUGUGCUGUAAAGCUGGGUACUACACACAUUUUUUUUUUUUUUUUCUAUUCUCUCUUUUUAGAGGAAAACAGCAAGUAAAACCAAGCAAGUUAGUUCAGGAAUUCAGUCAAGUCAACUAAAAAAAAAUCUCACAGUAUAUCCUAAAGUCUAUAUACCUUUAGCCCAUUCUCUUGACACACCACUAAAAAUGACAUGUUCAUAAUCAAUGAUCCUUUGCAAGAUUACCAGUCAUCAAAGAAAACCAAUGCUGUUUAGUUAACUAUACCUAAUAUUGAAUGGUUAGUACAAUGGUUAGCUCAAUAAGGGUUUUAAAAAUGAGUAAAAGAAUGGUUAAUCCUCAGUUAACAAGAACAUUAAUUAGAACUUCCUGCAGCAACUUUAAUUUUAGUUUCAAUAAGUUGGCUUCUUGAUCAAACAUUCUCUUUUAAAU